UUGGAGUUGUGAAAUUAAAUAAAACUUGGCAGCUGAGUGCGUAUAAUUACAAACACAUUCGUCUGCGUUGUUUCGUUGCUGGCCUUUGGAUUUAUGGAUCAAUCAGAAGUCAACAGCUCUUCUGAUGAACAGCUUCAUCGCAAGGCGUGGCGUUCCACUUCGGAUGUAUUCGGACAACGCCAUCAACUUCGUCGGGACAAACAACCUACUCAAGGAGCUACAGAUGGAGUUCUCGAAGCAGCAGGAGAAACUGCAGUUGUUCGCGUCGGAGCUGGGGAUGGAAUGGCACUUCAUCCCUCCUCGAGCCCCACAUUUCGGAGGGCUGUGGGAGGCCGCGGUGAAAUCCGCAAAGCAUCUUCUCGUCCGGCAAAUGGCCAACGCGUCACUGGCGGAAAGCGAGGUCAGAGCUCAUCUGGCAGAUGUCGAGGCCAUUCGCAACUCGCGGCUUCUCACUCCACUCAGCUCCGAUCCCAACGAUGGCGAGGCUCUAACGCCGGGCCAUCUUCUAAUCGGGCAAGCCAUACGUUUGCUGCCUCAAGGAUCCGUGCCAGACAGGCCCAACAAAGAGCUGACGUAUUUGCGAAGGUGGCAAAUGUUAUCCACGCUCAGACAGUGGUUUUGGCUCGCGUGGUCGAAGGACUACAUCCACAACCUCCAAAUCCGCACCAAAUGGAAAUCUCCACAGCCCGGCUUGGAGGUCGGAUGCCUCGUCCUGGUUCACGAGGACAACACGCCACCUCAGCGGUGGAUAACUGGAAGGGUCGCAGGCGUAACCCGAGGAACAGACGCCCAAAUACGGGUGGCCGAAAUUAGAACGGGCACUGGCACAUUCAAGCGCCCAAUCCACAAAUUAGCACGGUUGCCAGUAAUUUUAAAUCCCACGUCGGGUAUUCCAAGGUGGCCGGUGUUAAAUCAAGCGCCUUGUCCCACUGUAAGCCUGUUCAGCCUAACUGAGCAGUUACAUUUUAGUCUCAAUCUUGCGCUCUUCUUUUGCUACAGUUGUUACAGUUUAAUUAUAAGCUUUCGCUCAUCUUUGUUUUCUAACUACUAUUGUCGGAAUAACCGCAAACAAUAAAUUGUCGCUCUCUCCUUUUGCAACUAGCAAACGAAACAGACGUGUUUAAUUUGUGCAUCAGCAGCCUUCAAGGUGUCUUAUCUUUUUGCUCCCAACAACAAUAAAUAAUUUUUUCGACUUUCGUAAUUUUACACUUUCUAUUAAAUCCAUGUUCGUCAAAUUUCAUGCAGUAUUUAUGCACUAAAACCGAGAAUGAAAAAUUGGGGUAGCAACAUUUUUGCCAAUAUCUCGGCUUUGACGAGUUGUCGGCCAAAUCGGCUUAUGACAAGUUAUAGAGUAUUGUUUUAUAAAUAUACCCUCAAAAAAUCAAAAAUUUCGGGAAAAGUACAAUAACAUCAGCUCCAGCCCCAUAAAAAAUGAGCACAAAAAAUCAAUGUUGCUGAUUAAUAACCAUAACUUUUUUUUGUCUUUCUUGUCGGCCGUAGCGCAUAUUAUACUUUCGUAGAUACAGCUAUAAGCAAGAUAUGUAGUUGAAACCCUUUAUGCUGUUUUUGAGAAAAUUUACCUUUUGUUAACCCGCAAAAACAAUUUCAUUUCGCAGGUGCAUCAAGCAACUGGAACCAGUCAGGCCAAAGCCGACUCAAAUCGGAAGACUUUAGUGUUAAAUAACACCCUUUGGACU